AUGCCAAAUCCUUUACCUCCACAGUACACCUCAUCAAGCAAUGACUACCGUUCUGACACCUUUACAAUCCCCACUGCAGAUUUCUGGAGCCAAUUGGGCAACUCAUCACUUGGGGAUACCAUAUAUGAGGAAGAUACCGAUACCUGCUUCUUGGAAGAUCGCAUUGCCAACUCCCUCCUGGGAGGCAAACUCUACGGAGGUGCAGAAGCGUAUGGCCUGUUUUGCAUGUCAACCACCAUGUCCAACCAGCUGGCUAUCAGAGCCCAUAUGAAUUUCGCACCUCCCUUUAGCCUUCUAUGUGACAAGAGAGCACACAUUUACGUCGAUGAAGCUGCAGGACUUGCCGUUCUUUCCCAGUCCCUGGUCAUACCCGUUGCCUCCUCCAAUGACCAUCAUUUAGUGCUCGAAGACAUCCAAGCCAAUUAUAUCCCAGAUGAUGGCGACAUUCAUUUAGCCCCGACUAGAUUGAUAUGCCUCGAAAACACUCUACAUGGAAUGUGUUUCCCAUAUGAUGAGUUGAAACGCAUUAGUGACUGGUGUCAUCAAGAGGGGAUCAAACUUCACCUAGAUGGUGCCCGCCUUUGGAACGCUGCUUGCUCCUCACAAGAAACGGACAAAAUCGCCUAUUUCCACAAGGUGGCUCCCUUGUUUGAUUCCAUCUCCAUUUGCCUAUCUAAAUCGGUAGGCGCUCCCAUAGGUUCUGUACUCAUUGGAGGAGAAGACUUCCGGAAAAGAGCAAGACAUUUACAAAAACAACAGGGUGGAGGUAUCAGACAAGCUGGAUUUAUUGCGCGCAUUGCCAAUUUUUGCAUCGAUCGUAAUUUCCCCGGAAAUAUCAUAAAAGUUUCAAAUGCAACUUCAGAAUUCUGGCAAGAUUUGUACACCACGUUGAAAAAUGAUUACGGGUUCGAAUUGAAGCUAUCUCAUCCGGUCGAAACCAAUUUUAUUUUCAUUGAUCUUGCCAAAUCUAAGAUAGAUAUGACAACACUAUUAAAAUUCGGUGCCCUGAACGAUGUCAAACUUUUUGAUGGCAGACUGGCUUUCCACUAUCAAAAUAUUGAAGAAGAUAGCCUCAAAAAAUUGAAAAAAGUCUUUACAGAUAUUGCAAACUACUAUCAAAGUCAUGAAUAUAAUCCAAAUGAAAGAUCGGCUAGAAUAUACUAA